AUGCCCCAUUCCAAGAAAGACUACUACUGCGACUGUGUCGAUCACAAGUCAAAGCAGAAUAAUCCAAAGGCUGUGGCAGCUCGUGCAGCUCAUUCUCUCAAUGACCAAGUCUCUUCUGAUGAAGGAGAAGGAGAGAUAGACCAAGGAGACGCUUGUGAUGACCUCGAGUCAUCCCAAGCCAAUGAUGAGGGCAUUAGUCAUGAUGUUGCAGAGUUGCCUCUACCCUUACCACAACCAUUGAGUCCCCAACAUCUACACAGGCCAACUGUGGAAGAAAUCCCUGAUGAGGAUGACACUGUUCAUCAUCAAGAUGAACCUCCUGCAUUUCCACACGUUGAUGUCCCACCUCCCCUUGACGCAGAUGAGGAGACCCUCGCAAACGACAUCUACUCAAAUGUCACCCUCAAUGACUUGCGUAUUUCCUUAGCCUUUAUUUUCGGACUCGCAAAUGCUUCCCUGGAUGACUCUGAAUCUGGGCUUGAUGCUGCAACUGUGGAACACAUUCGAAAUCCGCCCCAACCUCAACUUUCUCUUGAUGAUGACCCUGAUCUCAAGGCUGCUGUUAAACUCUAUCUUAAAUUGUUGCAUGCGGGGAAGGACUACGAAGCAGUGCGCGAGGUUCUGAUGGAAUCCAAAGAUGUCGAUGAUUUCCCGACACUCUACCAAGCCAAAUGA